AUGAUGGGAGGUGCUCGGAGGCAUGACUUGGAAGUAGAAAUGGAUGAGGCGGCAAGCAGGAGCUAUGGCGAGAUUUUAGCAGCAGUAGAUGGCUACAAAUUGAGAGGACUGAGAUCGAUUGCCAGUGCAGUACCACCGUCGCAACCGUUACAACUAGCCGUACACAGUACCAGCACUUUACAUCAGAGCCCUCCCGGUACAUCGUUCUCUCUUUUACAACAAACUGUAUUGCAGCAACCCGCUGGAUGGAAUCCCGUUGAUUUGCAGUCCUUGUAUCCGGCACAACCGCUUCGCUUUGGCCGUACGGUGAACCAACCAGCUCCGUCUGCGUCUGGUGAUUUAGUGGCACCUCAUCCACUUAUCUCUGCGUCCUCAUCUGCAGCAACUGCCUCCUCUCUUACGGGUAUCGCAGCUAAUUCAGUUUCUCAGUUGGUAUCACCAACGGCAGGCCUGCCAUUCGAGCAUAUCCAGCGCUACCUUGUGCACCUUCAGCAACAGCAGCUUUCCACCCAAAUGUUGGCUCAAACGGCCUUACGUGGGGUAACUUCGCUACCACCGCUGUCCGCACAACUUCGAAAUGCUCUUGGACAACCAGUAAGUCCAUUUCCCCCAAAUGCGGCCGCAAUGGCUGCUGCUGCUGCUGCUGCUGCGGCACAACAGCAACAACAACGAUUGCCCGCACCAAUUCCAACUACUGUGCGUACCGGAACCCCAAUCUCGCCGACACCCGGGACCUCAGGUUUGCAAGCGGGGAAAAUUGCUGGAGAUACAUCUCCGUUAGUCCCGUCAGCUUUUACGCAAAAUGUGCUGUGCGUCUCUGGGAAAGGUGCAACGGCGUGUGGGUCUUUUUCAUCACCUUCACCAGACGAACUGUCAUCGGGCAAAAGCGGAGUGCGAUCACGACAGAAUGCCUCACAGACCAGCAGUCUGAUGCUUCCGCCACCUGUACCACGUACAAGGAAUCCAUCGCUUGCUUUAUCUUCGUGCGUUCCGCAGAGGCAAAGACAGUCUGCAUUACCCUAUCAAAGGCCUCCGCAGUUUGCUUCGGAAUCACUUCCUGUCCAUUCCUAUCAUCCUUCUCACUUUAUGAAAGGAACGGUUAUACAGCUUCAGUCGGGUCAGUUAAAGCGGGUCGAAGAUAUGAGCACCGAUGAUUUUGUGCAUUCUGCUGCAAUGAAUACAGAUCUCAUUCUUUGUUAUAGCACAGUUAGAAGUAUUCAAAAUGCGGGUAAAGAAAGGCGUGUCAUUGUCACAUUUUUUGUAGAGCGGCAAAAAGCGGAGGUUUCAAUAGAAGCCGGAGUUGAACAUCCAUACUUUGUUGUCAACCAUGGUUGGGCAUCCUGUAAUCCAGAAAAAACGCGUAAUUCAUACGGUUUAACUUGCAGACAACUACAGAUUGGUGACGUUUGCAUAGCUGUUUAUGAUGCUGGUAAGGAGGAAACAACUUCGUCAUGUAAGGCUUCUGGGAUUGAUACUCCUGUGGUGCCUGGAUCAAGUACGACAUCUGUUGGUGAUGAUGGCAGUGACCGAACGGUUUCGGCAGAGUUUGAUGGACAGUGCAAACAACAAGAUGAUGAUAACAAAUUUUGGCGAUCUUCUAUAAUGCAACCUCCUACUUCAGGGAACAAUAGUCAGUCUUCUUCUGACGGUAUUUCUCAGGUAUCUGCGCGUGAACAAGCGAAUCCUUAA